CGUCCACCUGUCCGGAGUCCCCAUGGAGAUCAGAGACUUGUUGCGGUUCAGACACUGCGGCAGGACCGUCUACACGCUGGACGGUCCGGCGGGACUGUGGUGCCCGGUGUGCGGCCUGGCGGUGCGACUCGGCCUGAUGGAGGCACCGGUCCGGAUUCAGAUUCCGGUAGGAGACGGACACCGGGCGGCCUGCUGCUUCCUCAUCACGUCUCGGCACGGAGUGGCUGGGUUCAGUGAAGAGAAGGAGUCUGAGCUUCAUGUCGGCAUCUCCAACUCUGAAGGUGUGGUAUUUAGUUAUACAGAGUCGGGGGUUCAGUGUCAGCAGCAGGGAUGGGAGCAAAGUAUCAUUGUCCCUUUAACUGACCCCAGCAACGACAGCCUCAGUUUCAGGAAGCUGUGGGACAAACAGCUGGAGACCUACAGUCAUCUGAACACCUGGACAGCAGACAGGUUUCAGGAGGAGAGGGAGUUUGGGUCUUGUUGCUAUGGUUUCGCUCUGAGCUUCAUCAACCAUGUGAUGAGGGCAGAGGGCAGGCAAACAAUCAGCAGUGAGUGUUUCACCUCUCAGUACAUCCUGCCCAGGAUGGAGAUGACCUCCAGGUAUCUGUCAGUGUACCAGCAUGUCCGUCAGCAUGGACACUACAGCACUGCAGAGUAGGAUGGUCCCUGAAGUACCCACCUGCUUGAUCUAUUUGUUGGAAACUGCCAAGGUGGUUUUGCCUCUUUAAUAGAACACUCAGAUCUCCCAGGGUCCUUGAAUGGUCUGGUGUAUUAUCUGAAACACUCAGGUCUCCCUGAACUACUCUCUGGCUUUGUGUUUUUACUGGGAUUGCUGGGACAACUCUCUGCAGAGAGUACAGAUAUUUAACAUACACAGUAUUUAUAUUUGAUCCAGAUUGUUUUUGUCACAGUGAAACAGUGAUGAAAUAUUCAUUGUGAUAGUAAAAUCUGCUUCAUCAGGAUGUACAGUUGUGUAGCAUGUAAAUACUGCUGAUCACGUUGAGUGAACCUUCAGCAGAACAUUAAGUAAAAGUCUGAGGUCUGAAAAUAAA